CCUCCCGGCGGAGAGGCAGAGGGAGACCGAGACCCGCGGGGAGACGGCGGCAGCCGGGCUGCCGGGCGGCAGGAGGAGGAGGGGAUUAAAAUACUACUAAUAAUAAUAAAUUAGGAAUAAAUAAAUAAUAAAGAUAAAAAAGUGAGGGAAGGGUGGAAGGAAGGUGCUUCAACUUCUGCUCUCCCUGCCCGGCAAGGGAUUGCAGUGGCUUAGAGCUGCGAGCGAAGCGAGGAGCUGCGGGGCUCAGUUGAGGAUCUGUGUGUGACACCAGGGAGGACAGGAGCCCUUGCCUUACCUUAUGCUCCAGAGCCUUUAACCCACGCACAGGCACAGUGGGCCAGAUCCCCAUGCUGCUGAAAUAAGCCACCACCAUCACACAUCAUGUCUGCAUUUAGAGGGGUGAAGCUGAACGCAGGCUGAAUUGUUCCCUGUGACGAAGGACAGGAGGUGCUUGGUGGUCAGGAGCUACAAACAGCUUCGCAGCAAGGCUUCACAACCUCUUGGCUGCACCCUUUAAUCAUGACUACAUUUCAGAUAGGCUAAAAGGAAUCUGAGAAGAUCAUGGGGAAUUCAUAUGCGGGGCAACUAAAAUCUGCCCGUUUUGAAGAAGCUCUUCAUAACUCCAUAGAAGCUUCUCUGAGAUGUAGUAGCGUUGUCCCACGGCCGAUCUUCUCACAGCUGUACUUGGAUCCUGACCAGCCUCCUUUCUUGCCGGAAGGUAACCAUGAAAAUGUGAAGCCAAAGGUGGAAGAGUUGGAUAAAGAGUUAGUCCAUCGCUACUCGCAAAAUGGAAACCUGGACUUUUCUGCCAACCAAACGGUUAAUGAAAUGGAAGAUGAAGAGGAGGAUGAAGACAUGUCAGAUUCGAGCAGUCCACCGAUCCCAUAUUCACAAAAACCUGCCCCAGAAGGGUCUUGCACUACUGAUGGUUUUUGUCAAGCAGGCAAGGAUUUACGGUUAGUAUCUCUGUGCAUGGAGCAAAUUGAUAUCCCAGCAGGCUUCCUGUUAGUGGGAGCCAAGUCUCCAAACCUUCCUGAGCACAUUCUCGUCUGCGCUGUCGACAAGCGGUUUUUGCCAGAUGAUCAUGGAAAAAAUGCACUUUUAGGAUUUUCUGGGAAUUGUAUAGGCUGUGGAGAAAGAGGAUUUCGGUACUUCACAGAGUUUUCCAAUCAUAUCAACCUGAAAUUAACCACUCAGCCAAAGAAGCAGAAGCACUUAAAGUACUACCUAGUAAGGAGCUCCCAAGGUGUACUGUCAAAGGGACCUCUUAUUUGCUGGAAAGCUGCUUCGUUUGCAGAGUGUAGAAGCAGGCAAUCAGCUGCUGCUAGCCUCCCUGCUAAGCCAAAUUCUGCGGUGUCACCGUCCACGACCCCAGAGGGCGGAUCAGCUAAUGGAUACAAAUCAGGGUUCACUCAGACAGAUUCUUCAGUGUUCAGUCCAGCAAAAUCGUCUUCUGCUAUUAAUUUAAGUGGAACUCAAGACCCGUCUCGGAACAAGAACAUUGUGAAACCUUUGGCUUUGUCAGUACAGCUUGUAGGAAAGACGUUUGCUGCAGCUCCUCUUUCACUGCGUGCCACUGAUGUUGCUAAUGGAAACGCUAAUGGAGGAAGAAAUAAUGUAUUGAGUUCUGCAGUCGCUCGGCCAAUGCCUCACUUGACCUCUCCUAUCCCUGGCUGUGCAGCUGGAGACCAAGCAUCAAUGUCCAGUUCUGGACCACCAAAGAAACGUCACCGGGGAUGGUCUCCUGGUUCCCCAGUCCCUCCUCCUGGCUUAGCGGUACCUGUUCCUGCAAUUCGGCCCUCAACUAGAACAGAGCCUCUUUUGUCAGUCCCAGUUCCUCAAUCCAUGUUAACUGGAAUUUUACAGCCUCAACCCAUCCUGGCAGGGGAGACUGUAAUAGUUCCUGAAAACCUGCUGAAUAACUCGGGAGUCAGACCAGUGAUUCUGAUAGGUUAUGGCACUUUACCUUAUUUCUAUGGAAAUGUCGGUGAUAUUGUUGUGAGUCCCUUACUGGUGAAUUGCUACAAGAUUCCACAGCUGGAAAACAAGGAUCUGGAUCUCCUGGGUUUGACCAGCAGUCAGCUGCUAAGUGUGGAGAACAUGAUACUUUUAACUAUUCAGUAUCUUGUCCAACUAGGUCCUGACCAGAUACCCCUGAGGGAAGAAUUUGAGCAGAUCAUGUUGAAAGCCAUGCAGGAGUUCACUCUGAGAGAGCGAUCCUUGCAGAUAAGUGCACAGUGCAUCUCUGUGUCGCCAGGUCAACUCCCUUGGCUUGCUAGGUUAAUUGCUAGUGUGUCCCGGGACCUCGUGCACGUGGUCGUUACCCAGAACUCGCUGGCAGAGGGCAUCUCGGAGACCUUGAGGUCUCUCAAUGAAAUGAAACAUCAUCAGAAGCUCCCGGAUUACGUAGUUGCCAUUUGCGCAUCAAAGAUACGAGGAAAUGAAUUCUGCGUAGUAGUCCUGGGUCAAUAUCAAUCUAGAGCACUUGCAGAAAGCAUGCUUACCACCAGUGAAUUUUUGAAAGAGAUCAGUUAUGAGCUCAUCACAGGGAAAGUUAGUUUCCUGGCAUCACAUUUCAAAAACACAUCUUUAGGUGAUGAUUUGGACAAGCUGUUAGAGAAGAUGCUACAGCAGCGAGGGGAAAGCGUCAUUAUUCCUUUUAAUGGAGAUGUUAGUGAGUGUGUAUCAUCACAGGAGGCAAUUGCCAUGGUUUCUACACAAGAACCAGAUUUGGAUGUUGAUACCUUCCAAAUUUACCAGCCACAGCUUACGGUUGCCAGAAAGCUCUUGUCCCAGGUUUGUGCUAUAGCAGACAGUGGCAAUCAGAGCCUGGACCUGGGCCACUUCAGCAAAGUAGACUUCAUCGUUAUCGUUCCCCGUUCAGAAGUCCUGGUGCAGCAGACCCUGCAACGGAUCCGACAAUCAGGUGUCCUUGUGGACUUGGGCCUAGAAGACAAUGGCACAGCGUAUCAGCGAGCUGAGAAGUACGUGGUUCGGCUAGACAACGAGAUUCAAACAAAAUUUGAGGUUUUCAUGAAACGAGUGAAGCAGAAUCCAUAUACGCUGUUUGUGCUGGUUCAUGACAAUGCCCAUGUAGAUUUAACAAGUGCCAUUUCAAGUUCCCUGUCACAUGGUGAGCCUAGUCAUGGUCUGGCUGAUAGAGUUAUUAAUUGCAGGGAGGUCCUUGAAGCAUUCAACCUCCUUGUUCUUCAGGUCAGCUCUUUUCCUUACGCCUUGCAAACGCAGCAGUCCAGGAUCAGCUCUAGCAAUGAGGUACAUUGGAUACAAUUUGAUACUGUGGAUGACGCUGCAAGUGAAGACAAGCUGUACUUUGGCUUGAAUGAAUACAGCAAAUCCCUCCAAUGGGGAGUCACAAGUCCACUUCUGAGAUGUGAUGAAACCUUUGAAAAAAUGGUCAACACGCUUUUAGAAAGGUACCCUCGGCUGCACAGCAUGGUGAUUCGCUGCUACCUUCUCAUCCAGCAGUAUUCCCAGGCUCUGAUGGCUCUCACGACCAUGGCCUCGCUGAGAGAUCACAGCACGCCCGAGACUCUCAGCAUCAUGGAUGACCUGAUCACUUCCCCCGGCAAGGACAAGAAUGGCUGCGGCCACAUGCUCGUCAUCAGGGUGCCAUCCGUGCAGCUGGCCAUGCUGGCCAAGGAGAGGUUACAAGAAGUGAGGGACAAGCUGGGUCUGCAGUACCGCUUCGAGAUCCUCCUCGGGAAUCCCGCUUCAGAGCUUACGGUUGCCAAACACUUUGUGACCCGGCUGAAGGCCUGGCGGGGCAAUGAGCAGGAUGACUGGAUUCCUCGCACCUACCAGGAUUUGGAGGGUCUGCCUUGCAUCGUUAUUCUCACGGGCAAGGAUCCGCUGGGAGAAACCUUCCCCAGGUCACUGAAGUACUGCGACCUGCGGCUCAUUGACUCGAGCUACUUAACUCGGACUGCAUUAGAGCAAGAAGUGGGCCUGGCAUGCUGCUACGUCUCGAAGGAGGCGAUUCGAGGGCCCAUUGUAGCUCUUGACCUGAGCGAGAAGGAGCACGAGAAGGCUAAUGGCAGCGAGAAUGACUCUGAUGAGCUGCUGAUAGACUUGGACAGACCGCAGAGUAACAGCAGCGCCGUCACCGGGACCUCAGGCUCCCUGGCUGACAACGGCGUCAGCUCCUCGAGCGCCGCGGACAAGUCUCAGAAGCAGGCACCGCCGCUCAGCUUCCAGACCGUGGCGCACAGCUCGGUCGACGAGGGGGCUUACCCUGCUUUCACAGCCGGGGAGACCCUGAAGCAAGAAUGCGACUCCCUGGGUAACCAGCUGGCGAGCAGCACCACCUCGAAACUCUCGUCGCUGUCGUCGGUCUCCCAGGCCUUUCGGUGGCCUGGCCACUCGGCCAAAGACAGCCGGGCCCUGCGCGCCGCGCUGCCGCGCAUCGUCAUCCUCUCCAAAGCGGCCUACUGCCUCCUGAGCUCGCAGAAAAGUGGCAACCUGCCUUCCUCCUCGUCCCUCCUGCCUCACGCCGACGUGGCUUGGCUGAGCUCCCUCAGGCCCCUGCUCCACAAGGACAUGAGCAGCGAGGAGCAGUCGCUCUACUACCGGCAGUGGACGACGGCCCGGCAGCACCACGCGGACUUCGGUGGUCAGGGUGAGGCGUCCGGCUUGAGGAGCUUUCACCCCAGGCGGCUGCUUUUGACGGGCCCACCACAAGUGGGAAAGACUGGCUCGUAUUUGCAGUUCCUCAGGAUCCUCUUCCGCAUGCUGAUCAGGUUGCUGGAAGUAGAUGUGUACGAUGAAGAGGAAAUAAAUGCCAAUCAUACGGAAAGCAGUGAAAUUACUCAGUCCAGCAACGACCACUGGCCAGAUAUCGAGACCUUCAGUAAAAUGUCUUUUGACCUGAGCGUACACGACCCCAAGUACAGAACUAUAAGCCCAGUGUACACAGAACAACUGUCAAGAGUGAAACAAGAAACCAGCAAAGAAACAAAACCAGAGGAAGCGAAGAAAAGAGAGACCGUGUCCAUGAUGCUGACAAAAUACGCAGCGUACAACACUUUCCAUCACUGCGAGCAGUGCCAUCAGUACAUGGACACGAACCCUGCUGCACAGGUGUCUGACUCCACCCUGCAUGCGUUCACAUUUUCAUCCUCGAUGCUAGGAGAAGAAGUGCAACUGCAUUUUAUAAUCCCCAAGUCCAAAGAGAACCAUUUUGUCUUCAGCAAGCAAGGAAAACAUCUAGAAAGCAUGCGGCUCCCACUCGUUUCUGACAAGCAGAAUUUGAACGCAGUCAAGAGUCCAAUCUUCACUCCAUCAAGCGGACGCCACGAGCACGGCCUCUUGAACCUCUACCACGCCAUGGAAGGCAUCAGCCACCUCCACCUCCUGGUGGUCAAGGAGUACGAAAUGCCGCUGUACCGCAAGUACUGGCCCAACCACAUCAUGCUCGUCCUGCCUGGCAUGUUCAACAACGCUGGCGUUGGUGCUGCCAGGUUUCUGAUUAAGGAGCUGUCCUACCACAACCUGGAGCUGGAGCGAAACCGCUUGGAGGAGCUGGGGGUUAAACGCCAGUGCGUGUGGCCUUUCAUUGUGGUCAUGGAUGAUUCCUGCGUGCUGUGGAACAUCCACAGCGUCCACGAGCAGUCCAGCCAGUCCCUGGAGCCUGAGGGUACCAGUAAGAACGUCUCUUUGAAGAGUGUUCUCCAGCACAUGGAAGCCACCCCCAAAAUCGUUCACUAUGCAAUACUGGGCGUGCAGAAGUGGAACAGCAAGCUGAAUGCCAGGAGCACGAAGGCUCCGUUCUCCAGGUGCCACGUGCGUGACUUUAUACUGCUCAACAUAGACCUGACCCAGAAUGUGCAAUAUGAUCUGAACAGGUAUUUCUGUGAAGAUGUAGAUUUUAAUCUGAGGACCAACAGCAGUGGCCUGCUCAUCUGUCGCUUCAACAACUUCAGUGUCAUGAAGAAACAUAUCCAGGUUGGAGGACAAAAGGACUUCAUCGUUAAGCCAAAAAUCAUGGUUUCGGACAGCCUGGCACCAAUAAUGCCUCUUCAGUACGUCUGUGCCCCGGACAGCGAGCAUACCUUGUUGGCAGCCCCAUCGCAGUUCCUCCUGGAGAAGUUCCUUCAGCACGCGACGUACAAACUCUUCCCCAAGGCUGUUCACAACUUCAAGAACCCGGUGCUGGCCAUUGACUGCUACCUGAACAUUGGGCUCGAGGUGGCGAUAUGCUACGUUAGCUCCCGCCCGCACUCGGUCAACGUCAACUGCGAAGGGGUGUUUUUCAGCGGACUUCUGCUCUAUCUCUGUGACUCUUUUGUGGGCGCGGACCUCCUCAAGCGAUUCAGGUUUCUGAAAGGUGCCACGCUGUGCGUCAUAUGUCAAGACAGAAGCUCGCUACGGCAGACGAUAGUCCGCUUGGAGCUGGAGGACGAGUGGCAGUUCCGCCUCCGGGAUGAGUUUCAAACUGCUAACAGCAGUGAUGACAAACCGCUCUAUUUUCUUACCGGACGCCACAUAUAAGCUUCGAUAAGACACCGAUAACAAAGAAAAAAAUAACUUUUUUUUUUUUAAAAAAAAGUACAAUCACUGUGGAGCAAAGUGCAACCAAUAUUUAUCUAGACUUCUCUAAAGGAUUCCCCAAAAUUCUAAAGUAGGCUUUAUUCCUAGGUAUAAAAUUACCACAGCAGUUACGAUUUGAAGGAUUAUGGAUUCGCGUUACGUUCUCAUCAGUCACAACUGCUGGCACUAAUCACACCGCCAGCCGAGGCGUAGGAUCUAGGAAGAGGACGUGAUUUGGUCAAUGAAGAAUUCUCUUUACCUUCAGCUGAGCUAGGGGAAGAGGCUGCUUUCCGCAGCUGCUAGCUUGAAUGUGUUACAAGAAACUCAACGCAGCAUAUGGGAUUUAUUGAAGAUACGUGGAGGAGAGCCCGCUGUUUCUCUUCAGCUCUGUACUUCGGUACGGGAAUACUCAGGGGUUUGAAACUACAAUGUAACGUAGGUAUUUGUAUUAAAAGGAAUAGUCUUGUUCUCUGUGCAGUGUUAGUUGAAGAUUUGUAAUUGUGUAUGUAUUGAAACUGUCUUUGGCAAAAUUUCCACAGGUGUUCUAAGUUUACUACUUAAACCUGAACAAAUCAGCAGACGCGUGGCAGGCACCGUGCACACAGGUGCUCCCAGCAGCGUUACUUCACCCGCUAGGUACCUUGGCUUGCUCGGUGUCCUUCUCACACAGCUCCAGCUGGCUGCAGGUGUAAGAUCAGGUCUGUCCUGUCACAGCCGUACGUGAUUCAGGUGCCAGGAGGGCAUCAGUGCCGGGGCUGCACUGGGGAGAGAAAAGAAGAGUCCAACUGAAUGAGAGCAGCGUGUACAACAGCUUAGGGGGGAAGUCCUGAGGAGCUGGGGCUGCUCAGGAGAGGUUCUGUCCAGAAGCAACCCCCACCUAGCACCGCCAGCCCCUCGUUUGGUUGACCUCUGUGCAUAGUGGUUGUGGCCUGCGAGCUGCUCCAGAAAGAAUGCAGCGCGGUACGAUUCGGCUGUCAGGGUUGAAGCACACCAGUACGCUGUUUUCCUCGUGCAGUUAACCAAUUGCUAUUUCCAUAUCUUUCCAAAAUAAAAAUAUCUCUGCACACCAUAAGCUCAUUUAUUAAAAAGUGCAGCAUGUUUUUAGAAGAGGUUCAGGUACGUUCAUCUAAUCCCCCCAAAACUAACACAUCUUUCUUUAUCCUUGACCUACAACUCAUUGGAGAAGGACCUGCCAAAGCUGCAUUUUUUUUAAACAGUGUCAAUUGAGCAACUUCUUUAUCUGGUGAAAAGGUGUUUACAAAUGGGAAAAACAACAUAUAUUAGACUGAGGCUAAAGGAAAAUGGUUUGCAUAUAAAUGUGUUAAUGUAGCUUCACUCUGAUGCUGUACAUUUGGCAAAUUUCAUGUGAACAACCAAGUUCUGUACACUUAUAUUUUCCUUCAGACACAACCUGCCUUAUAUUUAACACUUGGAAGAUGUAGGAAUGCACACGAUGCUUCUCGAAGCUUUUGGUACGCAGCUGACUGCGUGCCAGUGUUUCUGGUUUUGCCAGAAGGGCUGAAGGACACCCCGAGUCUCAGUGUGAAGCGUGAGGUACUGAGCCGCCCUUUUGUUUGUGUAUUUGAUGUUUGCACUAAGUUCUUAAAAGUCCAGGUGCUGAGACUACUAUGGCAAGUUAGCCCUCUGGUGAGGCAGUGCAAAAUUGUCCUGAAGGUUGAGCACGAAGUCAGAACGUCAGUGUAUUUGCCUUCCUUUACCGAGGAACAGUAAACCAGUUUCCUUACCUCUCUCUCUGCCAUGCAGAAGCAAGGAGCUUUGUAAUGGAAAAGAGGAUAGAUACUAAGAAGCUCAAACCCUGUAGGCCUGGCUGGUUAAAAACUUUUAACUUGUUGCCUGUGAAUUCCUGGAAAGGAUACCGUUAUUUGACAUCUGGGUUAUCGUUAUUCCUUUUUCGGUUUAAGCCUCACCAUCAAGGCCAUUCUUAUGAAUGUAUUAAAUUGGCCAGCGUUAUAUUUUUCCUGUAGAUGUUACUGUCUAUUCGCAGGUUAAAUUUGAAUGUAAACUAAGAUUUAAAGAAUCAUAUUCAAAUGCUUUUUGCUUAACUUAUGUAAUUGCUUUUUGUGACUUUUGGAGGAGGGUUCAAAACGUUGCUUUCCUAGUGUAAAGUUUUCUUAACCAAAAACUUGGUGAAUUUAGCUUCACUAGUCAGUCUACCUCAUGUUAUUGUUUAUGAACUGAAACUGUCUGAAGUUGUGGCUAUGGUAUGUUUAUAAUGUGCUUUCAUUAAAUUUGAAUAUAUUAAGUUACCAUUUAA